AUGGCCUUGGUGCAGAAGUACGGUAAACCAGACAUCUUCCUCACCAUGACUUGCAACCCUAACUGGGAAGAAAUACUUAGGGAGCUUGAACCUGGCCAGACACCACAAGACCGUCCUGAUCUUGUUGUGCGAGUAUUUAGAGCCAAAUUAGAUGAUCUCAAGUUUCAGCUCUUCCAUAAUCACAUCCUUGGUGUUGUUGCGAAUCAAAAUCGCACAUGCAAGAGCUAUUAUCCACGCCAGAUUACUAAUACAACUCUCCAAGGCAAGGACUCUUACCCCAUCUACAGAAGACGGGAUGAUGGGCAAAAGGUACAUGUAAGAGGGCACGUCUUGGACAACAGAUGGGUUGUACCAUAUAAUCCUAAGCUACUAAGGAGGUAUGACUGCCACAUCAACGCCGAGGUUUGUUCAAGCAUUAAGGCUGUCAAGUACCUUUACAAAUACAUCUACAAGGGUCAUGACAAGGCAUCUGUUUCUAUCAAUUAUGCCAAUGGCAAUCAUGAGAUUAAUGAGAUCGAUGAUUACAGGGAAGCUAGAUGGGUAGCCCCACAGGAGGCAUUGUGGAGAAUCUUUGCCUUCGAUCUUAGUGGGAUCUUCCCCCCAGUGCUCCAGCUGCAACUUCAUCUCCCUGGCAUGCAUCUCGUGUCCUACAAGGAUAACGCGAAUGCGAAUUGUGAGUUCCCGUGGGCACGAAGCAUACUAUAUAGGGAAUUCCCAGAAUAUGCAGUUUGGAACCCUACAUUAAAGAAAUGGAAGAAGAGAAAACAACGCACACAGGUUGGAAGGAUAAUCUCAGCGCAUCCUGUAGAGGGAGAAAGAUACUAUCUAAGGGUACUACUAAACCACGUGGCAGGUGCUACUUCAUAUGAAAAUCUAAGGACAUUUGAUGGUGUUGUCUACCGUACCUUCCGAGAAGCUGCUGAGAAAAGAGGUCUUAUUGAGUCAGACAAUAACAUUGAUGAUUGCCUAACAGAGGUUGAAAUAUUCCAUAUGCCAUCAUCUCUCCGAAGGCUGUUUGCCACAAUAUUGGUUUUCUGUGAACCCAACGAUGUCCGUGGGAUAUGGAACAAGCACCUAGAGGCAAUGUCCGAUGACUUCCGACGAGACCAAAUGAACUCACAUGUAGUUGAACAAAUGGUUCUGUUGGAUAUUAGAAAUAUGCUACAAUCAAUGGGUAAGGACAUAUCAUCAUUCCCUCUUCCUGAGAUCGAAGAGGAGCAUGACACCAUCGGUAAUGGAACUACAUUCUUUGUUGAUGGUCUUGGAGGGACCGGAAAGACAUUCCUAUACAAAGCUUUGCUAGCAAAGGUCCGUAGUGAGGGAAAAAUAGCUGUUGCUACUGCAACAUCUGGUGUUGCUGCCUCAAUCCUGUCUGGAGGUAGGACUGCACACUCAAGAUUUAAGAUAUCACUGGGCAUACAAGAAGGAGGAGUGUGUAACUUUACAAAGCAGAGUGAGACCGCGAAACUUCUUCGAAUGGCUCCACUUAUAUUAUGGGAUGAGGUCUCUAUGACAAAAAGGCAAGCAAUUGAGGCACUUGAUAAGAGCCUAAGAGACAUCAUGGAAAAGCCUGAUCUACCAUUUGGAGGAAAGACGAUUGUUUUUGGAGGCGACUUCAGGCAGCUGAGGCUUGUUCGUAAUACGAGGGCUCAAUCAGAUCCAUGGUUUUCUAAAUACCUACUACGUAUCGGGAAUGGCACUGAAGAAACUGUGAAAGAUGACUAUGUAAAGAUACCUGACGAGAUAUGUGUGCCUUACACUGGUGCAGAAUCUGACAUUGAUAAUCUUAUUGAUAGAGUGUUUCCUAUGUUAGCAACACACAUAUCCAAUUCAGACUACAUCACAUUUCGCGCUAUUUUGUCAACAAGGAAUGAAAACGUCGAUGACAUAAACAUGAGGCUUAUCGAACGAUUUCCUAGUGAUGAGAUGGUCUAUCAUAGCUAUGAUCUUGCAAUUGAUGAUCCAAACAACUACUACCCUCCUGAAUUCUUGAAUUCUCUAACCCCAAAUGGAUUACCACCGCACAUCCUCAAGCUAAAGGUCAAUUGCCCUGUGAUUUUGCUCAGAAAUCUAGAUCCAGCUAAUGGUUUGUGUAAUGGGACAAGGGCUUUUGACAAGUACAUUCGAGCUCAACCUGUCUACAAUGAGAAAGACGACUGUAGACUGACACACAAGACCGGCUUCAUGGGAGAAGACGGCUGCCAAAUCCUGGGUACGCUCCAAGAUAUCUCCUGGAAGCAGUACAUUCCUACUGGGCAACGUACACAUCAGUGA